UCUUCGUAUAGAGUACCCGCUCGACGAUUCUGGGCGAGUAUAAGCUGCUCUCGGUACUGCAGAGUCUCUCAGCUGGUGUCGUUUUUGAUUCACUUAUACCGAAGAUGGAGUCGCUAAAGUGUGGUCGCAUGAAAUAUAUUGCGAUAAUAACGUCCUGUGGAUUGCUCCAAACGCUGCUUAUGUUCCUUCAACCUCAUACAGCCACGGGCGCCGUGGUGGUGGUGCCGCAGCCAGGAUCAUACGUGAUGCAGCCUCCUACGGGCAUAAUUUCAGGAGGCAUGGGAACGGCUGGAAUGCCGAUGGGCAUGGGAUCCAUGGGCAUGGGAUCCAUGGGCACGGGGCCCAUGGGCGUGGGAUCCAUGGGCAUGAACGCCAUGGGACAGCAAUUUGGUGGCGUCAUGACACCCAGCGGUGGUAAUGUCGCCCAAAACCCUCCUCCAGUGGUCCUGACCGACGGCAGCGGACAAAGCAAAGUGGUGGGCAGCGCGAAUCCGCUUACGGGUGUGAUCGCAGUCGACGCCAACAAACUUAAAGACGGCCUUGGCGCAGCUACAGCCGAGGAACCGCCAGCGCCACCACCAGAGGAAUAGGAGCCUGCCGAGCGAAGCGAGCUAGGAGCUUGAUCACCCUUGUUUUGAAACUUCAGCUGUAAUGGCGCCAUGCGGUCCUACAAUACCACCGAUACCAUAUGGUCAUUACAAUCUAUACAGCGGCCAAUUUAUCUGUUUACUUGGAUGUCAGUGACCACGCGUAGAAAGCGAACACAUUUAAUAAAAUAUUUUAUUUCA